AAUAUCUGUAACUGGAUUUUUACAAUCACCGGAAUCUUAAUCUUGGAUAUCAGUAUCUAAAUCCUAUACAUCACCAGGUCCCAGAUCCAAGUGAUCACCUGACUCUAUUUAUUAGAAAGUAUUAGUCUUUCUUCAGAUCUUCCAGAGGACAGACACCAGAAGAGCUUUGGACCUUAGUGGGUCAUGGCUUUAAUUAUUCACCUUCUUUCAUGCCUUCUAGGCCUAGGCUCGUGGGUUGCUAUCAAUGGUGUUUGGGUGGAGCUACCAUUAUUGGUACCAUAUGCACCAGAGGGCUGGGAGCUGCCCUCGUACCUUACCCUCCUUAUUCAGUUUGCAAACAUUGGACCCCUGGUGGUUACACUUAUACACAAGUUCCGCCCUGGGUAUCUUCGUGAAGCGCCAAUUAUCUUUGUCCUUCUAGGGGUGGGUGUGUUGGCAUGCCUACUCUUGGCUUUCCUGUGGCAAAAAACCAGCUUGGUUGGGGGAACACACCGAAGCACUGCGCUGCUAGUUCUUAUCUUCUGUCUCUCACUGGUGGAUUGUACUUCAUCUGUUACCUUCCUGCCCUUCAUGACUCGUCUCAGACCUGAUUAUCUCACCUCCUAUUUCAUUGGUGAGGGACUGAGUGGCCUCAUGCCAGCUCUGCUAGCCUUAGUCCAGGGUGUGGGUAUGGUGAUCUGUAUGCCAGUCAACAAUACAGAAAUUAAUGGGACACAAUUAAAUAGGAAUUUAACUGCUCUUUACCAGUCGGCACGAUUUCCUGUCUGGGGUUUCUUUCUAUUUUUGACUGGAAUGAUGGCUACCUGUAUGAUUGCCUUCACCAUAUUGAACAUGACGCCCAUAGAUCAGUGUCAGGGGGAUCAUGGAGAGACCAUGGGAAGGAGACAAAUAGAUCAAGGAUCUGGGUCAUGGGGUAGGGGUGUGGAGCAGCGGCCGAUGAUGGGGGAUGAUGAGUUUGUGGUGAAGACAGCUAGACGAUGGAAGGGAUUGGGUCGGUAUUCAUGGGGCCAGGUACUCUUCAUCUUUUUAGUCUUGACUUGGGUCAAUGGCUUGACCAAUGCAGUCCUACCAGCCGUGCAGACCUAUUCCUGUAUGCCCUACGGAACUCAGAUCUACCACCUGGCAGCUGCCCUUGCUGCCAUGGCAAACCCGCUGGCAUGCGGCAUUGCUAUGUUUCUACCCAACAGGUGAGUGGAAGUAGGCAUAUUGUUCCUAUUUUGUCUGAUUGCAGAGAAUUUGAUGAAUGCUUCUUAAAUGUGUAUAUCAAGCAUGUAGGCUUUACUGUCAUGUUGUACUCUUUCUCUGCCACUAGAUGGUGAUAUCUAACUAAUUAUAGAGGUGCCAAACUUUCAAAGAAUCGUAUAGUCUUUGAUAGGAGACAUUAUUGUGCCGUACAUUAAUAUAUAUAUAGUAUGGCAUGCAGCCCAAUAACUCCAUGAUUCCCCACAGUCUCAGUUUCAGGAUCCGUCCUGGGUUUGUUUCCUGGUGUCUCAUAUCUUUGAAAACUUAUCUGCUCAAUACUGUAUUGGUUUUCAUUUUUAAUCUGGAGUUUUUUUAGAUUUUUAUGAAUGGUUUUUGAUAUUUUUUUUUUUUUUUAAUGUAUUUGUGGAAUCGUCUUCAUCAUGUAUCCUGAAUACAAUAAAAUGUAAAAUGUAGGAAGUCAGAUCUGUCACCGAGCAGCAGAUCCUCUGUUAUAGCACAGAGAGGGGAAUAAAUAGUAGACAAUUUAUUAAAUACUUAGCCAGGAAAAGAAAAUUACGGUAAGUUACAUGGCAGCAUCACUUAUCGGCAAAGUUCCUCCCCAGCUGUCAGGACAGGAAUAAUUAAUUGAUUAAAGGGACACUAUAGUCACCCAGACCACUUCAGCUCAGUCAGGUUUUAACCCUUCAGAUGCAAACAUAGCAGUUUCAGAGAAACUGCUAUGUUUACUUUUGGGGUUAAUCCAGCCUCUAGUGGCUGUCUUUCCUAUGGACACUUUGAAUGCGCUUGCCGCGCAUUCGGCUCCUCUGACGUCAGACGGGGGAGGAGAGGUCACCAGCGCAGAGGCAGCACGGCGCUGGAUUAAGGCAAGCUGCUCAAGUGGUUUUAACCCCUUCAGUGCCACGGGAGGGGGACCCUGAGGGUGGGAGCACCGCUUUGUUUUCCUGACAUUAUAGUGAUCCUUUAAGCAAUAAUCUAAGAGGGAGGGGAAAUAAUGACAAUAUGCCAAAAACUGCUUAGAAAUGUAUUUGCUUAAGGCGACAAAAGCCAAUACACUACAUCCAAAAUGAACAGAUGCUGAAGCCAAGUCAAACUUUUAAUGCUAGAUGAAUGUCAAAUGGGAUGACCAGGAAGCUGCCUUACAUAUGCUUUCCAUUGACACCUCUGCCAUAGAAGCCCAGAAGGUAGCGAUGCUCUUUGUGGAAUGAGCCUUGAUCUUAAUGGGAGCUUGUUGUCCUUGCGUUGUAUAAGCCUUCAUAAUUGCCACUGCUAUCCAUCUCCUUAGGGUAGCUGUGACGAACUGGAUCUCGUCACGGGUCCUUGGAGGGGCAUACUUGCCAGCCUCUUACCCUGUGACUAUGGUCCCUGUGUUAAACCCUAUUUGAAAACACUAUUUGUGCCUGUUGGGACUGGUAAUAGGAACCAUUCGAACUUUCGAAGUCACACUUCGAACUACCGAAGCCAUUCGAAGUGCCAUUCUUAAGCCGCAAGUACGAUGAGCGGUGUUUGGAACUCAAAUCGGACACUCGACGGCGCGAACACCGCUAAACUUUACCUUCCAUGGAUCUUCGGCUAUUCGAACAGCGUUCGAUAAUAAGAAACUCAUGAACAAGAGACAUAUACUGACUGUAUCAACGAACGGCUAUGUUCGAUAUUUUGAACUGUACUUCAAAUCCCCGAAGUAGACCGACCGCACAGCCUGACUCUCUGGAACUGUUUUGGGCAUGGGACCAUGUGUGCGGUCGGACAAAAUGCGACUUCCAUAGAAUUCUUGAACCCCUGAACUGAUCUUGGUGAUUUUUGGAUAUGUUGGUCACCCAGAUCAGGGCCAUCAGUGGGGUGUAACAAUUGUGGGGAUAUGUGUUUUUUGGGGUACUUUUUGGGUUUUGGAAAAUGUGUUUUUUCUGCCUGGAGAUAUUUGAAUUGGUACAGUAUCUGACUAAAUUAUCUCCCAGGCAGACGGGUGGGAUUGUAUGUUUAUGGAGUGUCAUGCAUUUAUUCACUAUUCUUAUUGGUUUGUAAGUUUGUGUCCUUGUCCCCAGCAAGGUCCAUGUGGGCGGACACCUUGCUUGGGGACUUGCAUAAAAGGUCAGUGUGGCUACCAUUAAACCAUUCCUGCUUAACCCUCAACACGUAGCUUUAUCUCGUGAUUGUAGGAAACUGCUGUACAGCUAUACCACUAGCACUUACAGAGCUUCACAGCUAUACUCUCUUGGAGGAGAGGCCUUCCCACUGAGUCCCUGGAGCCAGGAGUUUGGUUCAGGGUGGGAAUGGACGGUGAGACCCCAACCAAGCUGUGGCAGUUCGUGGGGUCUACGGUGCUUAUGGUGUCCUGUGCGGUGCUUAUGGUCCUCAGCCUCAGCUAGGAAGCAUCGAUUGGCAGAGGUACCCAGUUAUUGUGCCAGGUGGUCCGUCACAGUAGCAAUGGAAGCUACUUUUCCCCUUCUUGUCCCUGAGGGUAGGAUAAACAAUCUUUCAGACCUCCUUAUUGUUAAGACACUUGUAGCGGAGAGGUAGUAUAAUCCACAGUAUCUCUGUUGGGUAACAGGAACAGCAUAAAAUAUUCCAAGGAAAUAAAUACAGCAUACAAUAAUCCCGCUAUCAUUUUAAGAAUCCUUCCUUCCCAAGAACUAGACGACACAUAGGCUGGGAGUCAACUGAGCUUUUAAUCACAGGUCACUGUAUUUAUGGGAUUCCCCAUGCAAGGGGUUUCCAUCCCCUACUGACAUUCCAGGGGUGGCACAAUAGGGGACUACAUGGGGAACUGAACAACACAUACAUUUCUCCCACCAUGCACUGCUGCACGAGAGGGAUACUCCCACUAGAAUAUACCGUUAAGUGGAUUAUCCCUCUGUGCAGCAGAACUUACAUUUCACAUUAAAAUACAUAACUUCCAUUAAAUUCACUUUAUUUAAGGUGCACAGUUCGUGAGAAUACUGCUCAGCUCCCAGCCUAACUAACCGAACGCUGCACGCAAUACACAUUAUUUCCAAAACACUGUUAAAGUACCGAUUGGUAUUAGGGGAACAAACUACCGAACGGCCGGGGCUCCCGAAGGGCCUGGAAGUCCAGCGGUGUUCGCGCCGUCGAGUAGCCGAUAUUAGUUCCAGGCGCUCGACGGAAAAACACCGCUGGGCUAGCAAAGGAUCCAAGAUGGCCGACCGCCGCGUGGUCGGUAGCCGAACGACGGCUACCUAGGAAAGCCUUUAACUACCGAUUUCAACAAUGUUGCAAUUGGUUAAUGGGCGCCACACGAACUCUUGUGUGUGGUUGAUCAUUCCGUAGUUUAUUCAUUUCACGAACAGUGUUGAAACUCACUGUUCGUGAAACUACAUUAGGAAUGCUGGGAUUUUCAUACUGCAAGCAUACGAACGCCCUCAUUCGUCUGAAAGACACAUACAGUAGUACACUUGGUUCUCACAGCUGAAACAGGGAUAUAAACACAUUCACUAUAUGUAGCGGAUGGCACUGGGCUGUCCUGGAAAUUGCAUAUGUUUGAAUGUAUUCGUGUAAAUUGCAGGAUUAUAUGUGUAUAAAUAACUUGUAUUCGUCUGAUUGUUUGGUAGAAUCAUUCUAGCAACUAAGGGAAUGAAACUACCGAACAGUCAGACCUCACCUGUGUGAAGUGUGCCUUCAAUUACCCGUUGCAACAAUGUUGAGAAUGGGUAAUUGACAAGCUGUGCAGUAGGUCCUUUGUUCUCGGGGUGGCCGCCAUUCGGGAAACGAACACGUUGCGGCGGCCAUUUUAAAACUCCCGAACAGCGGUGUUUUGCCGUCGAGUGUCUGGAACCCAAAUCGGACACUCGACUAGGCAAACACCGCUGAGACCUCCAUACGCACGAUAUGUUCGCUUUCAAACUACCGAAAGGCCCCUCGUUCAGUAGAAAGAAACAACCGAACGAUUGGGUUCAUGCGAACCCUCCCUGAUCUCUGUAACCUUAGCCUUUUGUGCAGUUUGUUCCCUUAUACUGUGACCGACCGCAGGGCCCCAUCGCAUGGAACCCAAUUCGGCUGUUCUCUCCAGCGCGGUCGGUCUUUUCAUUACGUCCACAAAUUUCCCGAAACCCUGGUCUGAUCUGGGUGAUUUUUGGAUAUGUUGCUCACCCAGAUCAGGGCUACCAGGGGAUGUGCUAUUUAAAGGGAAACCCCUAGGUUUAGGGGUACAUCCAGAAACUGGGGGAAUUUGUGUACUGUAUAAGGGGAUUAUGAGUCAGGCUGAGGGGAGGAGAUGUGUGGGAGGUUACCAGAACAGGAUUGGAUACUGUACAAAUUAAUGGAAAUCCCUCCCUUGCAAUGGGAGCAUGCUAUAUAAGGCCACUGUGGAAAUAAAGGUUUAGUUCUGCUCCUGAUGCUGGGUGUCGUCCAGUUAUUGGGAUUGCUGUUGGUAUAUUGCUAUAUUGUUUUACCUGCUGGAAACCUUGCUUUAUGGAUUUAUAACUACUUGUUCCUGAGCCUCACUGGGCAGAGAUAAUUUGUGGAAUACUAGAUCUCCGCUACACUAUAUGGCUAGUCUUAAGUGGCUAGUUUUGCCACAACACUCACAGCUUAAAUGGGUGAAACAGCCAUUUAGUUAAUCUUCCCCCUUUCAGAGACACAAACUCUAUUGCAGUAGACCGCCAAACUCCCAAACGGAGUAUAAGGGAAUGCGAUAAACCCACGAACAAAGAAUCAGCCGAACUCCUUCCACGGCUAAAACAGGCGAAAUAAUACUUCCAAGUAGCAAUCCCCCUAAACACGAGACCAAGCUCCGUCUUGAGGGUAAAACAGGCACCUGCUUUAAUGAGGGCUACCUGCCCGGUAUUUAUGCAGGUCUUCCACCUGGUGGACACUCCCCUAGGGGACCAGAUGGAAGACUGGGACAUAUAUCGUACAGUAGCCAAUCACAGUGGCUCAGGUUUAAACACUCCCCUUUACACAAGUAAAUCCCUCCUCUCUAUCCUGGAGAUAAAUGGGAAGAAAUACAAUUAUCUCCAAGGAUAGAGGAAAACCACCAUUUUACAUGAUACAUUAAAAAUUCAGAAAAAUACAUAACUAUAAAAAUACCGAAUACAUUUGAUUUGUGUAACGUAUCCCCAGAUAGCCUGGAUCUGAGCGCACAUUACUACCGAAUAGCGCUCAGACCCAAUGCACACAGUUUAAUCGCCAUGGAGUCAAAGUCUUUCACAUUGUCCUUUCGUUAUAUGAUUGACUCCAUGGGAUGGCUGUCUGGGUUAAGUCCAUUCGUAUGAUCAAAAGUCCCGAACGGACCGGCGUUCAUAUGCCCGAUAAGAAGGGCGGUCGGUAGUUUCAGCGGUGUUCGGUAGGAAAAAGUGUCCGUUUAGAGUUCCAUAAGUUCUUCAUGAACACCUCUGUUCAUUCGCGUGGUUAAAAUGGCCGCCGCCUCGUGGUCGGCAUACGAACGACGACCACCCUGCAUACGGUUAGAAUGAAGAGGUGUCUGCGGUUAACCACAACAUUCUAAUUGGGGCCAAGAGGUUAACCAGCAGCACACUUCUCUUCUGGGUGGCCGUCCGUUCGGUAGUUUUGUUCGGUAUAACUUGCAAUAAACGAACAGGGACGUACGGGCAGGUAAUUCCAUGAACAUAAAUGAAACAGACCAACCAGCAAUUAGUCUUUACACAGAUGGAUCUGUCACACUUAUGUCUUCUGAUCUUUUUAAAGAUAUGCAAAUGCAUCUCAUGACGUCCACAUUGCUCAAUUUCAUUUCUUCUGGAGAAGAUGGAUUAGGAAGAAAUGAUGGCAAAACAAUUUCUUGUUGCAAAUGAAACUGCGUGACCACUUUAGGCAGAAAUUAUUGAAUCAGAACCGCCUUAUUGUGGUGAAAAGUAGUGUAAGGUUCUACUGAUGAAAGAGCUUGAAGUUCGGACAUGCUUCCAGCAAAGGUGACUGCUACGAGGAACAAGAUUUUUAUAGUUGAGAAGAAAGAAGUUGAUCUCUUCCAGAGGUUCAAAAGGCUCUUAAGUCAAGGCCUUUACAACUAAAGGAAGAUAUCACGGCGGGGAUGACUUUUUUAGAGGAGGUCUGAUGCGAAUGAUCACUUUAAAAAAAACAGAUUAAUAAAGGAUCCAAAGCAGACCUUUUGUUUGUCAGGGCUGAAAUAGCAGAUACCUGGACUUUUAGAGUACUAAGUCCUUUAUCUAGACCCUCCUAGCGAAAUCCAAAAUGGCAGAUACUGAUGGAUUUUAGAAAUUAUUGCCCUUGACACUGGUCCAUUCUCAAAAUUUCUCCCAUAUUCUGUGCUAGUGUGAAGACGUGGAAGAUUUCCUUGCCUUCAAUAAAGUUUCCUUGAUGGAUGGAGAAAGCGCUAUGACGCUAAGUCGAAGACAUAGGGUCUGGGUGAACUGCUGGACCUUGUAUGAGGAGAUACCAUCUUUGAGGAAGAGGCCAAGGUGAUUCUUUGCUCAAUUUCCUGAGGAGCAGAUACCAUGGUCUCCUUGGCCAUAUUGGAAUUAUCACUAUCACCAUAAUCUUUUCCUGCCAUAGUUUUCUCGAUACAAGAGAAAUCAGAGGAAUAGGAGGAACUUCCAUGCAUCUUGAGCCUCUGUUUGGUUAUAAUGCCACCUAGAGAAAAGCCUGGGUAGUUGGGCGUUUCUGAAUGUUGCCAUUAGAUCGAUCUGUGGCAUACCCCACUUCAUUGUUAUCUUCAGAAACAUUUCUCAAUUCAAGCUCCAUUCUCCCUGUUCAAUGUAGGAGGGACUCGGGUAAUCUGCCAAGCGAUUCUCCUUCCCUGGUGGGUAUACUGCUUUCCAUGUUUGUAUAUGACUCUGUGUCAAGACUAAAACCGGUUGUAGGCCGGUCAUGACCAAUCAAAUCCACAGGAGGGUUGUGCUGAGCAGCAAUCAUGCACAUGGAAACCUGGUAAUUGCCUUUGGGAUCAAAGGCCGGUUACAGCCAAUCGGAUCCACAGGAGAGGUAUUUAAACCUAAUUCUCCUCUUGCUCAUUGCCCUGUCGUGGUUUCUUGCUAAUGGUUAUCCGAGAGUACAUUCCUGAUCUUGAUUUUCUGGUAUUUGACUUUGUUUUGAUUUUCCUGAUAUCUGGUAUGCUUGACUUUUGGCUUUUCCUCAUCUUUGUGUCUGAUUCUGUGUCCCUGACCUCGGCUAGUAUUUUGACUAUUUUUGGAGACGUUAAGUCCGGCCGUUCUAAGGUCCGGUUAUACGUUAUCCUUAGUCCUAGGUGUGACACAGUACUGCGUGCUGGAUCAACUUGGAAUCCUGACAGUUUGAUGCUUUUGGAAACUAUUGAUUCUCUGACCUUUCCUUGUUUUGGAAUCACUUUCAGUUCCAAUCUGUAUCCUUCUCUUAUGAUACUCAGAACAGAAUUGUUUGAGAUGUUGGUGGCCUAAAUUGGAUAAUACUCCUUCACGUGACCCCCUACAUAUCCAAGUAUUGCCUGCCAAGCAUCAAACAGAUUUGAGGGAUGUUUGAAGCCUCUCCCUCUGGGUCCUCUGCUACUAGAUGAUGCUGUCUGCUUAGAUUUCCACUGAUAUGAUCUUGAGAAUUCUCUUCCAGGCUUGUAGCAUCUAUUUUCUCAAAAGGCCCCAUCUGUAUUUCUUCUGUCCUUCCAAGAUAUAUUGGAAGAUUUUCUAUAAGGCUGAGGUAAGUUACCCUGUUGUGCUUUUUGAAUUGCAUCAUCAAUGAUUUUCCAAACAGCAGGUCGCCCUGGAAUGGGAGUGCACAAGGGUUCACUUUAGAAGCAUAAUCUGAUCCCCGUGAGUGUAGCCACAGAGCUCUUCUUGAAGCCACACUUAGUGCCGGGCUCUUGGCUAAUAUUUUAGUAAUGUCGAGCGAAGCUUCUGAGGAAAAAUCUACAGCCAUAUCUAUUUUAUGGAUUGAAUUCCAAGAUUUGGAAUUAAAAGGGUAGACUCUAGGAACUUUUACCUGCAAAGAUAAUCUCUUCUCUGGCUUAUUCCAUUCUGCUUGAAUAAUAUUCUUGAUCGCUGUUAAGGAAAAGAAGUUCUUUGAAAACGUUAUCUGACGCUGACAUUUUUUACCUCUCCUCUGGAAUUCGUAGAGUAUCUCGCACCAAAGCAAUACGUUUGUCAACUGAUCUUCUAUCCAGGGUUCUACUCCAGGAUUCCACAACUUUUUCUUCUUCCUUUGAUCACUCUCAGAAUCUGAAAAUAUUGUGGAUGGUUUGGAAUAUGCAUUAGAUGCAAACUGGAAUCUCUCCGCAAUUGCUUGGGAGAUCCACUAUUUAAGAUUAGCUUGUGUGGAUCUCUACCUUGUCCUACACUCUGCGACAUCUUCCAUACAAGGAAAACACAGGUUCAUGCCUUCAGAGGUCUUUGAACCACAGCCCAUACAGUGGUGAGUCUUCUCUUUCUUUUCUCUAAGAGACAUAUCAGGUGUCUUCACUGGGCUGAAAUGUCAUUGCCUUAUGAUUAAUACUUACAGGCCAUCACUGCUCUCUUUUAACCCCCAAAUAAAAAAAAAUUAGAGGUCUCACCAUGUUCUUCUAUGUUCGCGUAUAGGGGAGAUGGUAGAAGAAGCUAUCUAAGAAUUUAAAUUAGAAGAAUAUUGUGAUGAACUGGAUCUUGCCACAGGUCCCUGGGGGACGGGAGGCAUACUUGCUGAAAUGUCAUUGCCUUAUGAUUAAUACUUACAGGCCGUCACUGCUCUCUUUUAACUCCCAAAUAAAAAAAAAUUAGAGGUCUCGCCAUAUUCUUCUAUGUUCGCGUAUAGGGGAGAUGGUAGAAGAAGCUAUCUAAGAAUUUAAAUUAGAAGAAUAUUGUGAUGAACUGGAUCUUGCCACAGGUUCCUGGGGGGGUGGGGGGGAUACUUGCCAGCCUCUUGCCCUGUGACUAUGGCCCCUGUGAUAAAACUUGGUUUAAAUCACUAUUUGUGCAUGUUGGGACAUGGUGGGACUUAUAACAGGAGCCAUUCAACUUAUAACAGGAGCCAUUCGAAGUGCCCUUCGACCACAUGGUGGCAGCCAUCUUGUUUGUAUGGACCAAAACCUCGAAUAGACUUCAGGGGGACUUAGCCGCAAAUGCCCUGGAACUAACUUUGGCAUAAAAACCUUGCAGUUCCCAGUCGGCACUCCAGCGGCACUUAGCCGCAAUUCUAUGGAACUAUUUUCGGCUAUGGAACCAUAACAAUUAUGACUUCCAUAAAAUUUCAGAUUUUUUUUAUAUAUUGGUCACUAGAGAUGUCGCGAACCGUCCACGAACUUCUCGCGAAUGGUUCGUGGCGAACUCCGGUCAGCUGACACAUCCCGGCCAAUCUCCAGCAGACCCUCCCUCCCAGACCAUCCUACUUCCUGGACAGCAUCCAUGUUGAAGGCAGCUCAACAGGGAUUUUAUGUGGUUUUAAGGUAUUUUGGGGGGGUUGUAAAAAUGUGUUUUUUUGUGUUUGGAGAUAAUUGAGUUUAGUAUAGUGCUUGACUCAAUUAUCUCCUAAGUAAAGGUGAAGGCUUAUUGUGUUGUAUGUCCAUGUGGGUGUCACCCUUGCAUGGGGACUUGCAUAAAAGGCAAGUGUGCCUACCAUCAAACCAGUCUUACUUCACCCUCAAUCUAGAGUUCUGUCUCUUAUUGUAAGGAACUGCUAUACAGCUAUCACUACUAGCUCUUGUAAGAGCUUCACAGCUAUACUUUCUUGGAGGAGAGGUUCACUCACUGGAACCUGUAUCCUGGUCUUGGGUCCAGAGUGGGUGGAAAACCCCAACCAAGCUGCGGCGGUUCGAGGGGUCUAUGGUGUCCGGUGCGGUGCUUAUGGUCCUCAGCGUCAGCUAUGAAGCAUCUAUUGACGGAGGUACCCAGUUGGGGGGCCAGGCGGUCCGUUACCAAUAUAAUCAGAAUUCUGAAGCUGAUUAAAAAUAAAUAAUAAAAGAUUACCUGAAAACUGUCAAAAUAAUGCUCAAGCAGCUAUAUUUUAGCAGAGAGGAUAAAUUUCAGACCAACGCCAAAAAAACCCGCUCCAAAAUAUAUUUUUAAAAAAGUGUAUUUUCAUUUAAGAAGAUCCCGGCUGCGCGCAUGUGCUGUAGAAAUUUGGAGCGGGCGUCCAGUAGCCCAGCAGCUGCAAAGUCUAGACGGGGAAGAAAGACAGAGCUACCUUUUCAUUGCAGAUGAGAUAAUCAGAACCUCUCUUCACAAAAAGGAAACUGGAAACAGUGGCCAUUAUGAGUCCCUAAGACAAAAAAGCCCUAAAGGUCCUAAUAAAUAGAUUGCUUCCCCCCUUACCCUGCAGUUGAGGGGAAUUACAGAAGACUGCUGCUCCACGCUGUAUCCAGGUACAAUCCAUUAUUGUAUAUUGUAGGAUUGUUGAACCAGUUAGUCCAGCCCAUUGCACCCAUGCGUUAAGACAAUCCUGCCAGUUAGUCCUGCCCAUUGCACCCAUGCGUUAAGACAACCCUGCCAGUUAGUCCUGCCCAUUGAACCAUACUCGCCUUCAAGAUUUCUCGAGGGCUGCACCUGUGGAACUCUCUUCCCUCCUCCGUUAGAUGCUCACCCAAUCUCCACUCCUUCAAAAAAUCGUUAAAAACCCACUUCUUCAUAAACGGAUAUCAAUUAAACUGUUACUAGCUCCUGACUGAUUCCUCUUCUGCAACUGUCACUAGUCUAAUUCUAUCCUUACCUUUUUGUGUCAUUUUACCUCACUCCCACUAGCAUGUAAGCUCAUUGAGCAGGGCCCUCAACCCCUCUGUUCCUGUGUGUCCAAUUUGCCUGGUUACAACUACAUGUCUGUUCGUCCACCCAUUGUAAAGCGCUGCGGAAUUUGAUGGCGCUAUAUAAAUAUCAUAAUAAUGCCAGUUAGUCCUGCCCAUUACACCCAUGCGUUAAAGCAGCCCUGCCAGUUAGUCCUGCCCAUUACACCCAUGCGUUAAAGCAGCCCUGCCAGUUAGUCCUGCCCAGGCAGGCUGUUUGCUGGUUCCUUCAGGGGAGAAAGGAUGAACCCCCCCAUGGUAAAAAAGGUAGGUGACACCUAAAACAAAAUCAGUAUAUACAGGUAAAUAAACUAUCCUGCCUGUCAGCUGGGACUGGAACAAAAGACUGGGGCGCUCGAGGGGAGGGAUCCUUUAUAACAGAGGUCCAUUCAUUAAUCAAUGAAUUAUUCCUGUCCUGACAGCUGGGGAGGAGCUUUACCCCUACGUGAUGCUCCAUGUUUACUAGUUUGUGACAUUCUGAGGAGAGCUGUCCGUGCUGGCAUUCUGUGACUUUGUGUGACAUGCUGUGUGCCAGAGUUUGCCAUUUUCUGCUCUUUUCUUGAUAAUUAAUUGAUGUUGCUAAACUCUUUCUACAGGUCACUAAUUACAAUGGGCAUUCUGACUGCGACUGGCUCGGCCUGUGCCGGUUACAUUAUGAGCAUGGCAGUGCUGAGUCCGUGCCCGCCUCUCCUACAAACCAACAUUGGGGGCACAUUAAUGGUAAGUACUGUGAAAGCUGUAAGAGACGGGUCUCCCUGCCCAGUGCUGCCCAACUCUGGCAUGGAGAGCACCUUCCUAGCCUCUAGUUAUUGUAGACAGUCUAAUAUCUGACAUUGGAAUAAAUACUUGGAAAAUAAAUGAUUUUGGGUUGUUGAUAUUAUUCAUGCCAUAUCUUUUUUAUCUUGCAUUCACAAUAAAAAUAGUUUU